UAUGGGUCUUUAGUGUGCAAAACAAAAAGAGAAAUAACCAAUUAAAGCACUUGAAAUAAAAUAAUCAGAUAGUACUCCUUAAACUCUUAGCACCACCAAAGAGGCUAUUGAUUUUGUAGAAAGUCAAUCAUUAGCAAAUGUAAUGAGAACAAAGCCAAUCAAAGAAUAUUUAACGGAGUAGAUAGCAAAAAAUUAAAUCUAUGUUGAUUCAUGUGACAUAUUAGCAGAAAGAAUUGAAGGCAAAUCAUAAUUGAUACUCAGAUCUUACAAUAACUAUACUGAGAAGGCUUUAAAAAUUAAAUCAAAAGUGUUAGAAUAUUACAGAAAUGAGUAUACAAACUAUAUUAAUUCUAAAAAUGAUACUCCUUAAAAUAGGGAGUUUAUCAUCAAAGAAACUAUUUAAGUAUUCUUGUAUCUAAUCUAUUAUUAUAGUUACUUGUGGAAACAGCUAUCAUUCUUAAUUGUUUAAUGGAUAAAAACUUUGAUGAUGAGACUGAAUUAUGGUGGGCAAAUGACUACUAUAGUGAUCGAAUAUAAGCCUUAUCUCUUUCUCCUGAUACUUCAGAAAAUACAGAUCCUAUCACAACUCCAAUCUUACAAUAUUUAAAUGCUUUAAAAUGCAGAAUACUUAAAGUGAUUCCACUCUUACCUAACUAACCUAAGUCUAUUGCAAAUAGUGUAGCAAUUGCUAAUGUUCAUUUGACUUAGUUUUAUAAAGAUCUAAAACUGGAAUUUGCAAAAGAUGUAGAAGAAGAAGUCAGCUGCUGA